GUAACGGCAAUCAUCGGUCGACGCACCUGCCAACAACCCUUGCGCAAAUCACCAAGCUCCUUCCUGGCUGGUCCUCGUGGCUGCCGCUCGUUGAAGACAUGACUCCCUUCUCAUGUUUGGUACCUUCCCUAGGCGGUGAGGGUUUGCUGAUAUUGUUAGACGUUGGGGAUUAGAUUCCGACAAAGCCCCCGUCAUUGUUUCCCAACCAACACUAAAUCCUGAGCCCACAGAUCCGAUACCGACAGCGCCACUCAGCUCUUGUCUCACUGUGUUACUGUGCAACACUGGCAACCUCUUACGCCUCCGGUUGUGCCGUCCGCUUUGGAUAUCUGCGAGAACACGACGAACUGGGCGCUGCGCAGACAGCGCUGGCAUCGACAGCAACAGCGCGCAAGAACCUGAUCCUCGCCUUCCCUCUCGGGCGCCCAACCAAAGCUCACAAUGGCUGCGCGAACUUCAAAACACUUCGCGACCGGCAUUCUCCGACAGUUCGGCCGACGCGAUGCUCCCGAGCUAGCGAUAUGCCGCCCCUACAGGCUCCGACCGCGACACAUACACACAACCCCACGUCGAGCAUCAGGCGAUCCAUCGCGGGUACCACACCCUCAACUACCAACAGGGCGCACGCCGCCUUUUCAAGCCCGGGCUGCGCCAUUGAGCUUGUUAGUUGGUGGCGGUGUCGCCGCCUCCCUUUUGGCUUAUUCACAACUCGCCGAGGACAGGCCAGAGCUUAUGAGUGCGGGCUCUACCUCGACCGACGACCGCGAUCCCUCCCUUCCCCGCUUCCGCCUCGCCGACGUUCGAAAACACGACGCCUCCUCUUCGGAACCGUGGGUAAUAUUCGAGGACAAGGUCUACGAUAUUACAGACUGGAUCGCUGCGCAUCCUGGUGGCGACGUGAUCCUCCGAGCGGCCGGCGCAAGCAUUGAGCCGUAUUGGAACAUCUUCACCAUCCACAAGGCGCCACAUGUGCGCGAGAUCCUACAACAGUACCUGAUUGGCUUCAUCGACGUCGCCGACCUUGGGCCCAACGGGUUACCGGCAGCUGAGACAAUUGAAGACCCCUUCGUGGACGAUCCGGUACGCGACCCUCGCCUCAUCACCCACACAGCCAAGCCGCGCAACGCCGAGCCGCCAAACGAGGAGCUCGACCGCACAUUCCACACACCGAAUGACCUGUUCUACGUUCGGCACCACAUGUGGGUGCCGGUAGUGGAGGAGGCGAAAGCAGGCGAGCAUCUCCUGAGCAUCGAGCUCCCGGACGGCGAGAUAAAAACGUACACCUUGGAGGAUUUGAAGACGAAGUUCCCGACGCACAAGGUCACGGCUGUGUUACAAUGCAGCGGAAACAGACGGAAUGACAUGACGCGACAUGCUGGCAAGACCAACGGCCUGCAGUGGGGUGUAGGAGCCAUCAGCAACGCCGAGUGGGAGGGGGUGCGGCUCUCUGAUAUUCUGGCGGAUGCCGGGCUUAACGUCCGUGAUGCCACAUCGCCGACGCGGAAGAGCGGCCAACAUCCCACCACUGACGACAAGGUCGACGCCAACGCACUCCACGUCCAGUUCACCGGUCUUGAAGCCUACGGUGCCUCCAUCCCGCUAGCUAAGGCGGUGGACCCGCGCGGCGACGUGCUCCUAGCGUUCGGCAUGAACGGCGAGUCCCUCCCCCGAGACCACGGCUUCCCGCUGCGCGCCGUCGUUCCGGGGCAUGUCGCGGCGCGUUCGGUAAAGUGGCUGAGCAAGAUCGUCGUCUCAGACGAAGAGAGCACGAGCCAAUGGCAGCGCCGCGACUACAAGUCCUUCGGUCCCAACGAAGGCGCCAACCCCGACUGGGACCGCGCCGUCUCCAUCCAAGAAAUGCCCGUCACCAGCGCCAUCACUGGCGUGUGGGUCGGCGACUGCGUACGCCGGGGCCGCGUGCCCUGGAUGGGCCCUAACAACAACUCGGGCACCCCCAACCAACCCAACAGCAGCCGCAUCCUCGACAUGGCCGCCGUCUCCCAAAAAGUAGGCUUCACCCCCGAACCCACUUCCACCACCACCAACAACAGCCUCCCCGCAAACCCCUGCCCCCCAACCACCCCAGCCGACGAGCCCGUCGCGGUGCAGGGGUACGCCUACUCCGGCGGCGGGCGCGCCAUCACGCGUGUCGACGUCUCCCUCGACGGCGGCAAGACCUGGGACCAAGCCGAGCUGGUCAACGACCGCGCCGAGGCCCCCUACCCGGGCAACAAGGCCUGGGCCUGGACGCGCUGGCGCUACGUCGGCGCGCUCCCCAUCCUCACCCUCCCCACCACCGCCACCGACACAACCACCACUGCAGAAAACAGCAGUGGCAGCGGAUGCCACGACCGCAAGGCGCCCAAGCAGUGCACGACGCUGGUGGUCAAGGCGACCGACGACGCGUACAACACGCAACCGGAGAGCCACCGCGGCAUCUACAACGUGCGUGGGAACCUGGCUACGGCGUGGCACCGCGUCAAGAUCUGCCCGCGCUGUACCGGUGGGAAUGGUAGCAAGGAUGGCAAGGGUGGGUUGACGUGGUCGACGGGGGAGACGUUUGGGUGUGGGUUCCGCAAGGAGGCGGAGGAGCGGCGGGCGUCGGGACAGGCUGAGGUUGUUGGUUCGAGCGUGGCGUAUCAGCUUGGGAGACAUUUCUGA